CGAUGUCGUUCGAUUUCUAUUGAUAUCCACGUGGGACCCACCUUCUACCUUCCCCAUUCCAACAUUGUUAAGUUUGAACGCAGGUUGAGGCUACGCUUGCGGUUGUGGCCUCAUAACGGUUUCCCCUUAAACGGCUACGUUUUAUGUUCUCAAUUUUCUUUCUUGCUUCGCUGAGCUUCACAGAAAAAGACUGGAAAGGCCAACACCCGUUGGCAAGUGAACAGCUCUCUCUUUCCUUGUUAGGCUUCAAUCAUCAAUCUCACCUCCUUCAAUGUAUUUUCCCUCUCCCCCCCUCUCUCUCUCUCUCUCUCUCUCUUUCGUUUCCGACUUGUAUCGUUCCUUUUUGUUUGUUUGAUGCGGUAACCCAAUGUCAAUUGCACGAAGAACGAUGACGAAGAAGGCAGCUCUGGUACCGGCGCGCCACGUCAUCUGGUUUGGUUGGAAGCUUGUCAUCAUCCUCUCUGUCUCCCUCUGCGUCUUUGCACUCUGCAGACUCCACUUCAAAUCCGAUGUCUCGUCCUCUGCUUCUUCUUUUUAUCGCCCAAGAUCUCGAAUUUCUCGCCGUAGCUUCCAAUUUGCUGGCCCUCCCAAGAUAGCCUUCCUUUUCCUUGUUCGCAAAGACCUUCCUCUCGAUUUCCUCUGGGGAAGCUUCUUCGAGAAUGCUGACGUGGAAAAUUUCUUGAUUUUUAUACACUCGGCCCCUGGUUUUGAGUUCGACAAGACAACAACUCGGUCACAUUUCUUCUACGGUCGGCAAUUGAAGAAUAGCAUCCAGGUGGUAUGGGGAGAGUCGAGUAUGAUCGAAGCAGAGAGGUUGUUACUUUCAGCAGCCUUAGAGGAUCCGGCAAAUCAAAGAUUUGUUCUCCUCUCUGACAGCUGUGUUCCCCUGUACAACUUUAGCUACAUAUACAGCUACUUGAUGGCUUCUCCUAGGAGUUUUGUAGACAGCUUUGUUGAUACAAAAGAAGAGCGUUACAACCAGAAGAUGUCGCCCAUCAUAAGAAAACAGAAAUGGCGAAAAGGAUCCCAGUGGAUCACCUUAGUCAGAAGCCAUGCAAAAGUCAUUGUAGAUGAUGAGGUUAUAUUUCCAGUCUUUCAGAAGCAUUGCAAGCGGGCAAUACCUCCAGAUGCCAGCAAGGGAAAGCUGAAUGCAAAACAGAAAGAGCAGAAUAAUUGUAUUCCUGAUGAACACUACGUGCAGACAUUGCUUUCGGUAAGGAAUAUUAUGGCUGAGCUGGAAGGUGAACUUGAAAGAAGAACCUUGACCUAUACUGUUUGGAAUCAGUCCGCAACAAAAAUGGAGAGUAAAGGUUGGCAUCCUAUCACAUUUGCCUAUGCAAAUGCAGGCCGUCAAAAUAUCAGGGAAAUAAAGGAUAUCAACCACGUAUACUAUGAGAGCGAGUACCGAACAGAGUGGUGCCGUACCAACUCAACAUCUGUUUCCUGUUUUCUAUUUGCUAGGAAGUUCUCUAGGGGAGCUGCCGUGCGUCUUUUGAGUGAGGGGGUAGUUGGUCCCUUUGAUGCCUCAGCAUUAUUAGCCACCUCCAACUGAUUUGCAAUAGCCACACGUUUUCUGAUGGCAAUCUUAACUCUUAACUGACCCACUUCAAAAUAUAGUAGGAGCAGCAAUGGAUCGCCCAAACCCAUUACACAGUCGUAGAUACAUAACUAAUAUGAGAGGGUGUUGCAACAACAGCGGCUUUUGGAUUAAUUCCGAAGAAAAAUGAGUUGGAACAUGCACGAAUUAUAACGCUUUGAUACCAUCAUUUCAUCCACCUAGAGUUGUACUGAUUCCUGAAGCAGACGACUGUAUAGUCAAAUCAAUAAUUCUGAUCAUUUAUGUGGAACUAGUUUCUCUUUAAAACCAGAUAAUUCAAAUUUUAACUAA